CUCGUGGUCAUGCAUCGCUGCACGCGAUCGCAUCUCAAUUCAUUAGCGUGUCCUAAUCACCUUGCUUACGUGGAACCUCCGCUCUCCAGUUCCCCUGAUUCAGCACCGCUUCAUUUUCGUUCUAAUUCUUUGAUUUAUUUUCCCCUUGUUUACUGAAGUUACGUGUAAUUUUGAUUUUAAUUGGUUUGUUGACUUGUUCUCGCAAUUAGGGGGAGAAAAAAGAAGAGAUUUUUGGAGUUGGUGGGGGAGGAGAACUGUAGGAGGAGAUGGGCACCGGGGAUUCCUCGAGGUGAGGAGGAGGAGGAGGGGGAGGAGAGAAUCGUGUGAUGAGCGCGGCGGCGGCGGCGGCUGAGGAGGAGCGGCGGCGGCGGCGAUGGAGCUCCCGUGGCUGGAUCUGCCCUUCACCCUGCUGACGCUGCUGCUGGCGACGCGCCUCGCGUACGACUACUACGGCGCCGUCGCGGCCACCUUCACGGGGAGCUUCUCGCUCCAGAUCUUCCUCUUCUACUGCUUCGCGCGGUGGUACCGCAACACCAUCGCCGCCCGCGCCGACGGCGGCGCGGCACCGCAGGUAGCGGAGGAGGACGCGUCGCCGCCGGUGCUGACCCCGCUGCUGGAGUCCGGGGGCGGGGGCGGGGGCGCGGCGGCGUCGCUGGCGAACCGGUGCUUCGCGGUGGUGUUCAUGGUGUUCGUCCCGCUGGUGAUCGUGGUGUUCGAGCGGAGCCAGGCCGACGUGGUGGCCUACGCGCUCUGCCUCGCCAACAUCAUCGUUAUGGUCGUCUGGCUCUCGCCCGACGCCGCCGCGGACUCCGUGUCGGCCGCCACCAAGUCGUUCCUCCGCCUCAGCGACGACGAGGACGAAGGCAGCGGCAGCGGCAGCGGCCACGGCGAGGACAAGUGCUGCGUCUGCCUCGCCGGGAUGCGGGAGGGGCAGCCGCUCCGUGACCUGCCCCGCUGCGGCCACCGCUUCCACGCCAAGUGCAUCGGCAAGUGGCUCACGGCGCACCCGUCCUGCCCCGUCUGCCGGACCACGGCCGCGCCGCCGCCGCUCGCCGCCGACGACGACGACGCCAUCAGCCCGGUCUAGCUCCGCUUCUGUUGUUUGUGCUGCACAUAGUCUGACAAACAAACUCGGGUAAUUAAUUUCUUUGCACUAAAAAUCUAAAAUUGCUCGAUAUUUUUUUCUUAAAUGCGUACUGUAUAUAGAUGUAUAGUUCUAUACUUGUAUGAUUGAUUUUUUUUUUCACGUAUGAACUGGAAAUUGUUAGUGUAAUCUGUGAAAUUUUUUGGUGCUAUAUUACUCUCUCAAGAUUGAAGAUUGUGAUAAGAAUUCUGUUGGCUGUUUCGUAAAAGGCACAAUCUUUGUGCAUUCUGUUCAUACAAAAAGAGAAGAGAAAAGAAAGGAUUCUCUUGGAUGGUGACUGAUAAUGACCAAUAAAUUUUGACCAAAAAAAAGGAAUAAAUGAGUUGAUAUGCACCAUGCCUUAUAUUGCGAAUAACUCGUUUUUGAGAGGAAUAUCUUGC